AUGUUCGGCCGCUUCUUUAAGAACAAGGAAGAUGGGAAGAGCGGCCCCCCAGGCCAUCAACGCCAGGGCCUCGCAGCCGACGAGCCCCCCGUCGGUGGAGGGUUCUUUAAUCUACCGCCCCCCGUGGCCAAGCCUUAUAAUGGCCAGAAUUCUACCGCUCCUUAUGGAGGCUAUGGCGCUCCGCAGCCUUCUACACAGCCUAGCGGUAGUUUAUUCAGUGGUCUGGACGUCGCUCCUAUCGGUUCCGCACCGACUCAACGGAAAGCAGCCCGAGGCUCGGGGUCCUUCAACUACCUUGACGUAGCGACUUCGAAGCCCACAGACGCGUUAAACUCGUCUCAGUACUCUAGAAGCAGCAGUACGACGUCGCGCGCGAGCUCGAAAACCGGCAAGAAGAAGAAGAAGAAGACGUUCCGUCCUGGUUUCGGUCGCCAGCUGUCGGACGAGUCCGCGGCGGCCUUGCAACGUGGAGAUCUCAAGGAAGACGACGUCAUCCAGCAACAGCGAGAAGGACGACUCCUGUCGGACCGCUCAGACAGCUCGCGGAGCUCUCGGAGCGCCACGAACCCCACGGAUUUGGCGCAUUUGCUGCCUCCAGUCAAGACCGGCUCGGUGUUACAGGGUCUGACAGUCCAUAAGACCAGUACGCCUUCAGGCGGCGUACUAGCGGGUCUUACAGUGCACACGUCGGCGUCUCCAGCCAAAUCUGACGGUACGAAUGGUGCGCGGGCCGGUCUCAGUAUCCACAAGACGCCAGAGGACGACACGGACGAGCCUGCGCCAGUGGAGGAAGCCCCUGCGCCUGUCACGCACAAGACGCCAGCCCCCGUCGCCCCUCCCACCCCAGAGGAACGGCUGUUUCACACUCUACGCGACUUCCACGAGAGCGCCGUGAGCUUUCGUGAGCUCACAGUGAAGCAGAACGAAGAGGAGAACCGACUUCUGGACCGCAAGGCGCAGCUCGCGCACCAGUUGACGCAGACUCCCUAA